AUGACCGUGAUCCUGCGCAAGUGUUUCCAGACUCUUGGAGUCCGCUCUUUGCCCGUGCUACAUCCAGUGAAGUUCGGAGCUGCUGCUUUGUUCUCGAGUACUAGAGCACCAACUUGUCGCGUCGUAGCACUGGGCGACCGUGUGUUGCUGCGCAUGGAUGGAAAACUGUCGGGAGGGGAUGCUCUCCAUAAGACGGACGGGGAAAACAACGCUCAGCUCAAAUUUAUCGUAGGAGCUAGACACGUUCUGCCUGGAGUCGAAGACGCUGUGCAGGGCAUGACCAAGGGCGAGUCCAAGACUGUGGAAAUUGAGCCAGCGAUGGCGUUUGGUGCUGAGAAACAGAUUCUGUCCGUGCCACUCAAGGAGAUGAACUUACCCGAGAAGGAGCGCGAACUGUUGGCUGUGGGUCAAGUACUGGAACUUGCAGGCGGGGAACGCGCUCACGUUGUCAAGGUCAUGGACGACAUAAUGGACAUUGACUUGGCUCACCCUUACGCGGGUCAAUCGCUCACUGUGACGCUGGAAGUACUGGAGCACGAGCUGCACUCGGAACUCCAAGCACACGAACGGCUGGUGCUGCCACAAGUGAUCGAACAAGGCGACGGCGUGACGUUCCCGCAGCGUGGAGACACGAUGAUCAUGCAUUAUACGGGCAAACUUGCGGAAUCUGGCUCGGUCUUCGACUCUUCGCGUGACCGUGGCCAACCAUUUCAGUUCCAGAUUGGCGUGGGUCAAGUCAUUCGUGGCUGGGACGAAGGAGUCAUGCGCAUGAGCAAAGGCAUGAAAGCGACACUGAACAUUCCGUCGGUCAAAGGGUACGGGAAAAAUGGCGCUGGUGGUGUCAUUCCUCCGCAUGCUGACCUGAUCUUUGAUGUGGAGCUGCUGGACAUUGUGCGCAAGUGA